AAUUUCGGAGAUGGCGUUGGAUCAAACCAGAAAACCUAGCGAAGAAAAGUUUGAAAAAAGAAAAGAAAAAAGAGAGAACAUAAUUGCUUUCGUUUUCACUUUCCGAAUUCAGUUUAACCUAGUAAAAUAUUUGAUACAAGCUCUAGGGUCCCGUUCGGAAUUUUUUAUAUCAUUGAAUUCAAUGGAGAGAAAUGGUGGUAAAGGAAGAGAAGAGGAACAAGACGGUAUGUCCGUACACUCUCCAUGCAAAGCUCCCCCAUCCUCUGCUUCUUCUCUCCCAAAGGAGCAAUCACAGGUUGAAUUGGAGCUUAGACUGUUAGAAGCUCUUGAAAUUUAUCCUCCCGUCAAGCUACAAGGCAUACAUCGUCAUUUCGUUCUUUAUGGUUUAAUGGAAUUCCUUCGGAGAAGCUUUGAUCGACACUUCUCUGCUGAUGAGGUUCUACAACUGCUAGAGUCCAUAUUUCUAAAACCAGACGAUGAGGAGACGGACAUUCUGAAUCACGAGGAAGAUUUUAGCUUGCCUCAAAGUUUCUUCGUUAAGGAAGAACCAUAG